GGGCGGGGGGGGGAAUCCCGUCGGCGGCGCCCACCCGUGAUUUGGCGGUGGGGGCCGGCGAAGGCAUGUCCAAGCCGGCGGAGCACGUCAAGCGGCCCAUGAACGCCUUCAUGGUGUGGUCCCGGGCCCAGCGGCGCCAGAUGGCCCAGGAGAACCCCAAGAUGCACAACUCGGAGAUCAGCAAGCGGCUGGGCGCCGAGUGGAAGCUGCUCACCGAGGCGGAGAAGCGGCCGUUCAUCGACGAGGCCAAGCGGCUGCGGGCCAUGCACAUGAAGGAGCACCCGGACUACAAGUACCGGCCCCGCAGGAAGCCCAAGACGCUGCUGAAGAAGGACAAGUUCGCCUUCCCGGUGCCCUACGGGCUGGGCGGAGUGGGGGACGCCGACCACCCGGCGCUCAAGGCGGGCGGGGGGGCCGGCGGGGCCGGGGGGAUGGGACCCGACUCCCUGCUCGCCCACCCGGAGAAGGCGGCCCGCGUGUUCUUCCCGCAGGCGGCCGCCGCCGGGCCGUACUCCCUGCUGGACCUGGGCUCGAAGAUGGCAGAGAUGUCGUCGUCAUCCUCCGCCGCCGCCGCCCCGGGACUCCCGUACGCCCCGUCUCUCGGCUACCCAGCCCCGGUGGCCGGUGCUUUCCACGCCGCGGCCGCCGCCGCCGCCGCCGCCGCGGUAGCCGCGGGCCACAGCCACUCGCAUCCCAGCCCCGGCAACCCGGGCUACAUGAUUCCCUGCAACUGCUCCGCCUGGCCCGGGCCCGGCCUGCAGCCGCCCCUCGCUUACAUCCUGCUCCCGGGAAUGGGAAAACCCCCCCUGGACCCCUACCCCGCCGCCUACGCCGCCGCCCUAUGACCCCCGUCGAGGCCUGUAACAGAGAAGGGGCCCUUCAUAACGAGGUCCCACGCAUGUACAUAUGUAUAGGUCCGAGCUCCUCGUUUUGCUUCUGGCUGUAUAUAAUGAUAACACGUAAUAAUAAUAAUAAUGUCGCGUUUAUGAAUGAUAAUCACGACGGCAUUUGUUAAGCGCUCACUAGGUUGCAAAGCGCCGUUCUCAGCUCGCAGUCAGUCCCCGUUUUACAGAUGAGGUCAACGAGGUAAGCGCUUACUCCGUGCAAAUCAAUCAAUUCAUCG